AUGAUGUCAACAGGCAAUGGUGACGGUGGGUCCUCUAGAUCUACCACAAGUGGUAGUGGCGAAGGAGGAGGUAAUAAUAGAGGAGACAAUAACACAUAUGUAAAUGCGUUUGGGUUCGGUGAUAAUAGUGUUGCUCAUUACCAUCAACACCAUCACAAUCAUAAUAGAGGAGGAGGGAAUGCGGUAGGAAAUUCUACAAAUGACGGGAGAGAGAUUAACAACAAUGUUGGUGGCGGUGGGAGGGAACGACCAUUAAAGAAAGGACCUUGGACAGCGGAAGAAGAUGCAAUUUUACUUGAAUAUGUGAGGAAACACGGCGAAGGGAAUUGGAACGCGGUGCAAAGGAAUUCUGGACUUAACCGUUGUGGGAAGAGUUGUCGCCUUCGUUGGGCUAAUCACCUUCGACCGAAUCUCAAGAAGGGUUCUUUCACACCUGAAGAAGAAAGACUCAUCAUUGAGCUUCAUGCAAAGAUGGGGAACAAAUGGGCUCGCAUGGCCAACUUGCUUCCAGGAAGAACAGACAAUGAGAUUAAGAACUACUGGAACACAAGAAUCAAGAGGCACCAACGACAGGGUCUCCCUCUUUACCCUCCAAAUAUCCAAACUCAACAACAACAACCCUUCCAACAUGAUUUGCUUCACCAUAACCAACCCCAUCAAUAUAUUCAACAUAAGUCUUUCGACACACCGCCAAGUUCGAUCAACACCUUCUCCUUCCUACCUUAUCAACUCCCUUCCCCAACUGCAAUAGCACCACCGAAUCUUCAUCCUUACCACCACCAAGCCUUUGCACCACACUCAUCUGUCUCUCACAAUGCCUUCCAAGCCUUGCCACUUUUCGACUACUCUCAACAACAACAACAACAACAACAACAACAACAACAACAAAGUUACCAUCCAGACUCUACUCCCACAACCCCAAGUCAAUCUCCAUUCACUUUUCAAACUAAAAACCUAAAGCAAAAUUAUAAUCAUCCUUCCUCAGCUUCGACAACCCCAACCCAUGUCUCCCCUCUUCCUUCUCCUUCAGUAGCUAAUAAUUCGUCCUCGGUUUCUUCUUCUCACCAUCAACGCAUCCCAACUCUAGCACUCCUUGACUUCUCCUUCCCGCGCCCCACUCCCAUCCUCCAAUCCCCUAAUCGCUUCAAGCGAUUUGCCUCUUGUGGUGACAUUGCCAACUCUGCAGCAGUUGUAGUCGACCAGUCUAACAACCACAAUAAUAACAACAAUGCUCAUCCACAUCAUUUACCACCCUCAUUAGCCAAUCUAUCAACAACUCCACCUCUUCCUCCUCAUCCUAUCAUUUCUUCCAAUAACGUUGCACAUAUGGGAAAUUCUCAUAACCUAAACCAUCCCAAUGUACUCUCUAGCCUACUCGAUGGCAACAAUAGUGAGUUCCAUAAGGAGAUACAGAAGGAGAAUGAGGAGAUGUGCUCACUUUUAGCUUCCAUGUCUCACCAUCCAGAGCUCCCUUCAAAUCAACUUUUAUCACAAAACUCUUUUGGGGUCAAUUCUAGUACGAGUAUAAUCCCUCAAGGCCAGUUCACUAGAAGCAUUGAUAUGAAAAAUCGGGGAAAUAACAAGAACAACAAUAAUAUUAUGAUUAGCAAGGAGGAGGGUAAGAAUGACAUCUUGCUAGCAACACCGACUUCGAACAACACUGGUAAUGCCUAUGGAGGAUUGUUGGAGGAUCUUUGGCAAGAGGUCAAUCCACAUUUGAUGAUGCAGAGGGAUAACUAUGUGAUGCAGAGGAAUGAUAAUGUUCAUGGCUACACCACAACCAACAAGAAUGCCAACAAUUUUUCCAACUAUGGGGAACAACAGGGAGAUAAUGAGGAGUUAAGCAAGUUCCUGGAAGAGAGUGAGAUGCGACAGACAGAUAAUCAAUUUUGUGGAGAAAAUGUCAGUGGUGGCAAUAAGGAUCAUCAGACAACCUCCAAUGACCCAUCUUCAGUAGUGACAACAGAGGAUCACACCAAUUUUGAUCUCCAUCACAUGUGUUCAUUUCUUCCCACAACAACAACGACGACGACAACAGACCUGGAUAGGCCUCCCCUGGAGACUUAUUCAUGGGACAACUUGCCAGAGAUUUGUUAA